AUGGAACUGGUUAGGAGCUUCUUUGAGUCCUUAAACUUUGCUGGUGCUUGGCAACUGGGGUUACUAGAUGGCAGACAUUUGCUUAUCCAAUUGACAAUUGAAGAGGAUUAUGCUAAACUUUUUACCAAAAAGUCAUUAGUUACUGGGGGAGCUAUCAUGAAACUUUUGAAAUGGACCCCUGACUUUGAUCCUAGUAAAGAACCUCCUAUGGUUCCACUUUGGAUCAAGCUUCCUGGUCUCCCUAUUCCUUACUUCCAGUUGAAUGCCCUUUUUAACAUUGGAUCUGCUUUAGGCAGACCCCUUAAAGUUGAUGCUCACACUUUUAACAAGGCAAGGCCUGCUCUUGGUAGAAUUCUCAUUGAAAGAGAUAUCACCUUGCUUGAAGUUAAAAGAGUGUGGAUAGGAUCUGAACAGGAUGUUGCUUCAUCUGAGGAGAGGCUGCAGGAUUCAGUUCAGUAUCAGCAAUUGCAUCAUGUGAUUGAAGGAGAUAAGGUUACUGACAUGAACCAUUUUAUGGUGGAGGAUUGGGUUAUGCGGACCUCUAUGAGAAAGAAAAAACAAUCCACAGAAUCUCAAAGGUUACAAAGAGAGGCAGCUUCCAUUAGAAAUAAUAUGAAGACUGCCUUCAUUUAUGCUGAGAGUUCUGCAAAUGAUAAAGCUCAAUUAUGGCAACAAAUCCAACAUCUCAACUCCUACAUUCAUGAACCUUGGAUCAUGGGUGGAGACUUUAAUAGUAUAGUUAGAUUAAAUAGAAAAUGGGGAGGAAAACCUGUGGACACUACACAAAUGUUACUAUUUAAUCAGAAUAUCAAAAGCAAUGCCCUUGCUGAACUUCCUCAUCAGGGUCCUCUUGACACUUGGAGAAGGGGAAAACUUUUUGAAAGAAUUGAUAGAUUCCUGGUCAAUCAAGCGUGGUUGGAUACCAACAUUAUGACUACAAUUUCCCAUCUUCCUUACACAUGCUCAGAUCAUAGGCCUUUACUAACCUCUAUGUCCCCUAAUACUGUUGCUCCAUUACCAAGAUUCAGAUUCCUUAAUGUUUGGGUGGAACAUCCUGAAUUCCUCUCCUUUAUUAAGUCUGUUUGGGUACCUGUUUCAUCCUUCAAUCCUUGGAUUAAACUAUGGCGAACUCAAAGAAAAGUGGCUACUUUGCUGAAAGCCUGGAAUUGGAACUGCUUUGGCAACCUUACAACAAAAGUUGCAGAGGUUGAAGCUGCAGUGAAACAAGCUGAAUUAAACAUUCAGAUGGGGAUAUCUGAUGAACAGAACCUGAUAGUAGCAAAUGCAAAUCUACUUCAAGCAGUUCAUUGGGAGGAAGAGUUCUAUAAACAGAAGGCUGCCAUCAAAAAAUAUGUUGAUGGGGAUAGGAAUACUAAGAUUUACCAUGCUUGUAUAAAGCAAAGAAGACAUUCCAACACCAUCUUUAAGAUUAAAAUUCAUAAUGGCAUUUGGGUCCAGGGAACUGAUCUAAUUCACAGAGAUGCUAUUGAUCACUUCCAAAGCGUUUUAUCUGAACCCCAUGAGGCUAAUCUCCUGAACUUUGACUCUAGCUUACUUAAUGAUAAAUUUUUUGAUAUCCAGAACCUGGAUUUAACAUUUAUUCCUACUGAGGAAGAAAUUUGGAAAGCUUUAUGUUCUAUUGAUGGUGACAAGGUGGCUGGUGCAGAUGAUUUUACUUCUACGUUCUACAUAAAAUCAUGGGAGGUGAUUAAGUUUGAGGUUGUGGCAGCUGUUCAGGCCUACUUCAGAGGGGAGGAUAUGCCACAAUAUUUUUCUCAAUCCACCAUUAUUCUUAUCCCAAAGGGAGACCAGAAAACUAAUUGGGAUCAUUUUCGACCCAUAUCUCUCACGUUGCUAUCUAAACUUAUUAGCAAGCUUUUGGUUUUUAGAUUAAAACCACAUUUAUCUUGGAUGGUCUCUCCUAAUCAGUCAGCUUUUGUUACAGGUAGACAUAUUACUGAUAAUGUGUUACUUACACAGGAACUCCUGCUGGAUAUUGACAAGCCUUGCAGAGGGGGUAAUCUUAUAUAUAAGCUAGAUAUCUUUAGAGCUUAUGACACUAUUAAUUGGAAUUUUGUCUUGAAGGUUCUUAAAGCUAGGGGAUUUCAAAAUGCCUUCUGCCAAAUCAUCCAUAGAUGGUUUAACAAUAAUUAUUAUACCAUUCUUAUUAAUGGUAAUUCUCAAGGGCAGUUCCAAGCUACUAGGGGAAUUAAACAAGGGGACCCCCGUUCUCCUUACAUCUUCAUUUUAGCUAUGGAUUACUUAUCUAGGCUUCUUAACCACCAUUCUUUUGAAAGGGAACAUCUCAGAUUUGCUAAUAAAGCAAAUUUUUCCAUAAGUCAUCUAUGUUAUGCUGAUGAGUUCAUAUUGUUUUCUAAAGCCUCAAAACCAGCAGUAAAGAAGGUGGCUGAAGCAUUUGCUGUGGUUGGGGCCCUUCAAACAGCUGUUGUUAUGGCCAUUUGUUUUCAUGUUCCCAGCCCAAAGGAACCUGUUGAAGGUUCUUUCCAGCAUCAAGGUGGUGCUUCUUUUCAUUGUUUCCACUUGAAGAACAUAAAGAAGGAUAGAGGUUAG